GGGACCCACAUUGGAAAUGAGAGUGCGAUGACCAGCAUAGCUGAGCAGGGCAGCAAAGCGAGCAUACACGUUGUGCUGCUGUCUGUACAGAUAUGUAUGAUCCGUCUGCAUGUUGCUGAACUGACGGGUGGAUGUGUACGCUGCCUGAGCCUCCAGAAGGGCCUUUUGUGCCAAAGGCCCGCAGCGGCCAUUCCAUACACGACACAAAAACCCUAGCUGUCUGCGACGCGCUUCAUACGUGACAGAGAAGCGACCGGUCUCACUCAACAGAGCAUCAUUGCUGACACGAGACGACGCGUGUGCAAGGGGGUGGAGAAGAGGCAGUCCAGCUCUGCGCGGGACAGCCGCACGUGACAAGCAGAGUAAGAAUCAUCGGGAAAACACAAAGAUCGCCGUCCAUGUCCAGUUUGUUUUUCCCCCGUGGCGUGUUGCUUGUCCACAGGCCUGUGAUUCAUUCAUUCAUCUGUGCGGUGGUGAAUGCGCGAUGAAGGUGGUCGGUCUGAUAUCUGGAGGCAAGGACAGCAUCUUCAAUCUGCACUGCUGCGUCGCCAUGGGCCACGACCUCGUCGCACUGGCACACCUGAAACCGCCACAUCACACACGUACGGAAUGAAUGGCCCGAUGGAUGGACGGAUGGACGAGUGCCCAGCACGCAGCUAUCUCAUUUCACCGACACGCUCACAUUGACACAUGCGCUGUGCUUCUGUCUGUGGCUGUGUGUGUGUGUGAUUCAGUUGAGAGCGACAGCUGGAUGUACCAGAGUGUGGGUGCCGAGGUGGUGGAGGCGAUAGCCACCUGCAUCGACAGACCACUCAUACAACGAACUAUCACCGGUACGCACCGUUGAGGCAGGCAGCACACACACGAACACACAAGUCCCUUCAUCACCUCACCCUGCCUGCAGGUGUCCCGCGUGCCACCGGCACCCUAGGGUACGACGUGACGGCUGGCGACGAGGUGGAGGACCUCAGAUUGCUCCUGCAGAGCGUCAAGGUGACUGACUGACUCAUGUGGAUGGCAUCCCACCCGCUCCACUCCACUCACAGCCAGCAACGUGUGUGUGUGUCAAUGUCAGGAUGCCUACCCGGAUGUGUGUGGUGUGGCGUGCGGUGCCAUUCUGUCCGACUACCAGCGACUGAGGGUGGAGCACGUCUGCGGCCGGCUGGGCCUCUGCGUACUCGCCCUUCUGUGGAAACAGCCGCAGGUACGACUGGAGGGGCAGCGACCGACCGAGCAGUCAGUACGGACACGCGGAUCUGCUCGCGUCUGUGACAUUCAUUCAGGUGGCUCUGCUGGACCAGAUGAUUGCUUGUGGCAUGGAGGCGGUGCUCGUCAAGACAGCCAGCAUGGGUGGGUAAGGCAGUGAGUCGGCAAGGACACGGGCAAGACGUGCACAGGGGUGCUCCGUCCUUCAGGUCUGAAGCGUGCCCAUCUCGGCAGGACCAUCGCCGACCUCAGACCACACUUCCACCAACUGGUAAGCAAUCUACCGCCAGUUCUGGGGGGCCAAGUAGCUGGUUUCAGAAUUUGUGUGUUUCUCAUCUUUGGUCAGCACGGCGCUUUCGGCUUCCACGUGUGUGGUGAGGGCGGCGAGUACGAGACCAUCACAACAGACUGCCCUCUCUACAAGAAGCGACUCGUCAUGUAACCGCCCAUUCUCGCCCACCUCAUGCUCGUGCUCAUGUCUGUCUGUCUGUCAGCGACGCAAGCGAGACGGUGACCCACACGGAUGACGGCAUCGCGCCAGUGCUUCUGCUUCACGUCACCAAAUGGCACCUGGAGGACAAAACGCCCUCGCCAUCGCCCCUCGCUGCCCCCAUGCAGCCCUUCAUCUCCCUCGAGCGGUAUCUCACUGACGCAUCCUUCCAGCGGGCGGCCAUACGCCGGGCGGAUGUCGCCGAUAAUGGGGAUGCCUUGACGCGCACACAGUCGAUGGCGGCAAGAGAGGCGACGUGGAGAGAGCAUCAGGUGCAACGGGCGGGAGGGAGUGGGCAAGGGAUGGGCGGGGUCGGUGUGUGUGUGUGAUGGAUGUCGGUCGUGUGUGCAGGGGUUGGUCUGGACGUCAGAGCUGGAUGUGUCGAGUCUGCCUUCGAUGGACGGGGAGGACGGCUUGUCCCCGGUAGCUGACGAGGAGGAAGCGGUCACUCAGAGCAGGCGCCUCUUCACCCGGUUGAAAGGUGGGUAGCAGACAGACAGAAGGAAACCAUACACACAUACACACGUGCCUUUCAUCCGUCCACUUCAGCGUGGCUGUCCCGUGAAGGUCUCUCCCUCCAGGACGCCGUGCACGUGGCCCUCCAAGUGUCCGAACUCUCCCUCUUCACACGCAUCAACGCCAUCUACGCGGGCCUCUUCCCAUCCUCCCCGCCGGCACGCUACUGCAUCCAGACACACCUGCCAGCCGGCACUCAUAUCAGGGCAAGGCUGCUGAUGCAUCGCGGAGGUGGUGGGCACAUGCGGCGGCGGCAUCUGCACGUGCAGUCGAUAUCCACAUGGGCGGCGGCGUGCAUCGGGCCCUACAGCCAGGGAGUGGCAGUGGGCCGGGGGAGGGGUGCUGAAGGCGAGGGACAGUGUGGGGGUGGGGUGGCGUGGCUGUCGGGAGUGAUCGGGCUGAUCCCACAUGCGAUGAAGAGGCCCGAGGAGGCUGAUGUACAAUCAUGGUGAGUGAGCAAGGACACACCACACCGACACAGGCGCCUUCAUUCCUCACUCUGAGUGUCUGCCUCCUGUCAGUUCUUCACUACUUUAUCCGGCACCCACCCAGCAGCCCCUCUCGUAUUUCCUGCCUGCAGAAGUGGAGGUGGCUUUGGCCCUCAGGUCUGUGCGCAACGUGCUGACGGAGAUGCGCACAUCCCUACUUCACCUCGUCAGCCUCCUGGUCUUCACCAGCGACCCAGCCAUCGACUUCGACGCACUGGAGGCCAUGCUCAGGCGUCUCAUGGCUGCCAACAGGAUGCCUGCAUCUUCGGAAGGCGACAAGCGGCCUUCGCGGCCUUAUGUGGGGGGCAGCCGCAUUCUUGGGAAGGAUGAAAGCGACUACAUAGAAGAAGAGAAGGGCCGUGACCGUUAUGGCGAUGUUGUAGAGCGGCCUUCGUCGCCUCCCGUGGCUGUGACGCUUGUGUUUGCUCGAGUGCCGGCUCUCCCGCGUGGCUGCAGCGUUGAGCUGGCCCCUGUGGCUGCGGUACCCCUGGCUGCAAUGGCAUUGCAGCACAGGACGGGCCGCAUCGAGUGGGAAGGCUGGGAGAUGGGCGUCACGGCCACAUGGGACUAUGGCAGGCUGAUGGCCAUCGCCAUCUCGUUGGGUGUCUCUCGUGCAAGGCCAAGGCCAGACGCUGAAGGUGACGACUUGCCCCUCGCCGUGCGUGCGAGUAUGUGGGUGCUGCGGCAGCUUGUGGUGGGCGUGGGGGGGGUGUCGGUGGACUCGCUGACGGCAGUGGAUGUGCUGUGUGCCCCAUGCUGUGAGCUGGACCGUGAUGGCGUGUGUGCGUGUUGGGAGGGGGAGGGCGGGUUGUCUGCCAUUGAUUCGCUGGAAGCGAGCUAUAAGGUGUGCAUGGGGGUGAAGGUGGUUGAUGAGGCAGGGACGAUUGGGUCGUGCCCCGCUAUUUUGGUGGUGCCCGUGUGUCGACUGGACGGGGGUGCUGACAUGGUCAUCAUGUGUCACGCUGUGCAUGGCAUGGAAGGAAGAUUGAAUGAGUGACGGACGCUUGGAAUAUAUAUGUGUUGUCCCAUCGAUCGUCCGUCCAUCCAUCGCCUGUCCACCUGUACACACACUGACAGACACAUAUUAAGCGACUGACUCAAAGAUGCAGACAGACAGACUGGCUGAGAGUUCAGCGGAAGGCAGGCAGGCAGACAGGCAGGCAGCCACAGCAAGCAGAGGAAGGACACAGUAGAUAGAGGAGACACAGGGAGGCAGGCAGCCAGCCAGACGUUCCUCUUCGAUCCCGGCCUGCAGGGCCUUGUAGGCUGAUUGAUGAGCGGAACAAGCAACGAAAACAAGACAGACAGACGGGCAGCAGUCCAGGAAGGGGUAGGUACCACACGCACUCACUCUAAGACAACCAACGCCCCUAUCGAGCGCUCAUACACUUCUUGGAUAAACGAAC